UCACAAGGGGAAGAACCGGAGAGAGAGAGGAACGGCGAUGAGGAAGGCGGCGGCGGCGGUGGCGCCGUCGACCACGACGGGGUACGGGUCCGGCGAGGCGAGGCGGUCCUCCGGCGGCCGGAGAAGCCGCGGAGGCAAAGGGUGAAGAGGAUGAAGGAGGCUUCACCUGCCACCGCGCGUCAAGUCCAUCAAUACAAAUCAAUAACACCAGUACGCCACUAGGCCAAUUCUCUGCAUGUGACCUGGCCAGCUUCCAAAUCUUCUCAGAGUUGGGAUCAGUGGCUAGUAUCUCGGUUCUUUAGUAAGAGCCUAAGAGGCAAAGGUGAGAAUUUUAUUAUGCAUACCAUCUACCUAUACUUAUACUAACUGGGUACUUCAAGAAAAUAUCUUAAUAGGAAAAGCAGUGAAUAAAUUGCUGCCACUACAUAUCUAGUAAUAGUUCCUCCUUUCUCACUCACCUUCUAUCCAUUCAUCCGUCUAGUGGGAGUGAAUUAUAAGCUUAGAUUGAAAGAAGAAUAGACAUCAAUUACAAUUUGCUAAUUGUCAAUUUUUAAUUUCAUUAAAUUAAUAGGAUACCACUAAAUUGAGAGCCCGAAAUUGGUUUCCUUUUAAAUCUUAUAAUUUUUAAAUAUAAAUCACUUUGUCCUUAACUUCUUAAAAACAGCUUCACACACACGCGCGCACAUAUUGUAUGUGUGUAUGUAUGUAUGUAUGUAUGUAUGUAACAUAAUUUAGAGGAUUUCCCUGCGCAAUUUUGAGCAGACCUAGAUUUCAAAAGUAGGAUCAGGUUUAGUAACAAUUCUUAGCUUAAGUUUCUUAGAUUCAAUUGUAAUUUGUAUAUAACAGAUUCUAACAUUAGAAUUGGAUUUGAUACUUGAUAGACAACUCUUACUUUCUACUAUUUAUAUAGACAUGGCUGUAUUUUUUAUAUACAACUAUAUCGAUCAAUCUAUAUCAUUAUAAUUUGGACCUAUCACGAUCAAAUGGCCAAUAUCUUUACUUUUUUUUUCUUCAAUUAAUGUGAUAAUUUCUACGUCCCUUAAGCGAAUAUGGUGCCCCAUUUCGAGCUCUCUCUGCAACCUAAUCACUUUCACUUUAUGUCUUCUGUCAAAAUGCUCCCUUUUUUCUUUUUUUUUUCUGUAGAAACAGUCCUCAUGGCAGAAAUGGUGGCCUCAACUGUUGUCCAAGAGGUUUUGGGCGGAGCCGUCUCCUACUUGUCCAGCAACCGGGAGAAGGUGUCCGAGAGGCACAACUUGGAGAAGUUGGAGAUGGCACACGCUCAAUUGGAGCACGCCCUAGAGAGAUCUUCAAAGCUACCCAUCACAGAUGUUUCCUUGCUUCGUCAGAGGAGGAUGUUCAAACGUGCCUAUGAGGAGUGCAGUGAAGUGGUGGAGAAAUGCAAGGUGCGGAUUUUGGAAGUUGCUGAAGAGCAAGGGGUAACACACAGCUAUUUUCCCAAGCAGUUUGUCCAAGCCGUAAAAGCCAUGAAAUCAUAUGUCUUGUCUUUCCUUGGCAUGAACAAGCAAUAUCUUUUGAGUUGCUCCCAUGUUCGCAGAUUCGAAUGGUUUGCAAAGAAGGCUGGUAAGUUUGCGAGGGAUGUGGAGACUGGCCGUACACUUUGGCACUACAACUUUUUUAGCUCUCUCAUCAGACCACUUCUAGAAGGGAAACAUCUCAAGUAUGACAUGCCAUUGCAAGGAAGCAAAACCCUUGGUAUUACAAUAGUACCUGUAUCUCUUGAAGGGCGUGGCGUAGAGGCAUUGAUACAGUUAAAUAAGGAGGAUAGCAGAAUGCCACUGAAAAAUUUUUGUCUGUUGCUGAUACUACGACUCUCAGAGAGCACGGACAUAGUUAGGAUUAUCAUCAAUUGCUUGCAGUUACUUGGGCCUCAUUUCACGCGUUUGGCUAAAGAUGCAAUUGGUCAACUUGCUGCUCUACAACACUCACAUCCUCAAGACCUCGAACCACUGCUAGCACUUCAGGCCGUGGACUACCAUCGGAGCUUUCUUGCCUUUCGAGCUACAGUUGCUCGCCCUGAUCCAUUUUGUUGCAGAGAAAAGAGGCUCGAUCCUUGUGCUGACAACACCAUCUCGCCCAAUUUACCAUAUGAUAUUCCAGAACAAGUUAUCUAUGUGCGCUGCAGCAGCUACAUUUCGGCUGUUGAGUACAAUUACUUGUACAACUCAAGCAAUAUUGUGAGGGAUUGGUCUAUCCUGAAGAUGGUGAUCAAUAUUUCGCCUCAUUUCUCGCACCCUGAAGCCAAUCGGGGGAGUUACAGUAGUCGGGGAGCAACUGAUAAGUGUAUGUAUGCUAGUCUGCACGAAAUGCAGGAGAUGGCAGUGUUAGUGCCCAAGGUAAUGGAUUGCUUCGUCUGUCAACCUGACUUGGGGUUUUAUUCACUGUCUUUUCAUUCAGUUCAUGGUUAUGGAUACCUUUGUCUGAUGAAGCCGCGCAUCCGGAGCUGCAAAACCAAUUCUAGUUGCAGAUCCAAGGCCAGGAGAGUAUCAAAGACAAGACAUAACUAGUGUAAGUUUUGGUAGGGGCGGACAGUUUAAUCAUGUAUUAUGUAUAUGCUUACUGAAGAUGUUCCCCUUCAAAUUAAAAGAUGUAUAAUAUUGUACUAGUACGAGCCAGUGUGUUUAGGUUUAGCCAAGGCCCAUCUUAGUCUUGACUCUUGACAAGCCAGUCUAUGUUAAUUAAUUUCCUGUAUGUUCAAUGCAAAUGUACAUGUUUUACAUCUGCUAGCUAUUGUUCAGUUCUUAUU